AUGUUGUUCAAGAGUAGCAGCCCAGAUAUUGACUUGCCCAAAGACCUCCCUGUGUGGACUUGGCUCUUCGCGUCUCCCCAUUCACCGCUUGCCAGAAUCCCCAGCAAGGAUAUCAGAGGCUUCACAGAUGCCAUAACCGGAGAACAUAUUAGCUACAGCGAUGUCAAAUCACACACCACACACGUCUCGACUGCAUUAGUCAAGGACUACGGCCUCAGAGAGGGAGAUGUGGCCAUCGUGUUCUCACGCAAUACAAUCUGGUAUCCCGUAGCUGUUCUCGCUGCCGCGCGCGUCGGUGCUGUGGCUUGCGGAGUGUCUCCAGAAUACAACGUCGAUGAACUCACAUACAGCCUCAAGCUCAGCAAAGCCAAGUUCAUCUUCACCACCGAAGGGGGCCUGGAGAGAGCCUACGCGGCAGCAUCAAACGCAGGAGUCGCACAUGACCAUGUGUUUCUGCUGGAGACGAGCACCAAGGUCGGUAAGACGAGCCUUCAGGACCUGACACGACGCGGGCAGCAAUACGGCGAUGGCGGCCAGGUCACCCCGUUUAAGCUACCAGCCGGCAAGACGAAUGGCCAAGUCUGCGCCUACCUUGGCUUCAGCAGCGGGACGACGGGUCUGCCCAAGGCCGUGAUGAUCUCCCACGGAAAUGUGAUUGCGCAGUGCCUCCAGAUUCAGCAGAUCACACCUCCAUCGCACGACAAAGGCCUCGCGGCGCUUCCAUUCUAUCACAUCACCGGCAUUGUUCAUCAACUGCACCUGCCUAUACUUCUGAAUGCCAACACCUACGUCUUGACAAGGUUUACAAUGGAGGGAUUUCUCAAGGCUGUGCAGGACUACAAAAUUAAAGAAUUGCUGCUGGUACCGCCCAUCAUCAUUCGCCUGGUUCGAUCACCAGAGCUGGUUAGGAGCUUUGACUUGAAGCACGUCACGCGCUUCUCGUCGGGCGCCGCGCCAUUAUCUCAGGAAGUUCUGGCUCUACUGCAGCGACAAUUCCCCGGCACGGGCUUCAAACAGGGCUACGGCAUGACCGAGUCGUGCUCUUGCAUCACCGCACACCCGCCGGAGAAGUACGACUACAAGUACGCUCACAGGGUCGGCGCCGUUGUCGCUUCGACCGAGGUCAAGGUCGUCGAUCCGGAGACGGGGAGGCAGUGCGGCGUGGGCGAGACGGGCGAGAUCUGGGCUCGCGGGCCGCAGAUCACGAUGGGGUACUUGGACAAUCCCAAGGCGACGGCGGAGACGUACGACGAGGACGGGUUCCUACACACGGGGGACAUGGGGCACUUCGACGAGGAGGGUCUACUGUCAAUCACGGACCGGCUGAAGGAAAUGGUCAAGGUGAAGGGGAUUGGGGUCGCGCCGGCCGAGCUCGAGAAUCUGCUGCUGGGACACCCGAUUGUCAACGAUGCUGCGGUGUGCGGGAUACAGGACGAGCGGGCGGGGGAGCGGCCCAAGGCGUUUGUUGUGUUGGCCAAGUCUGCAGCGUCGGAGCCAGAGCGUGCAGCGCUGGAGCUGAUUGAUUUUUCCAAAGCGAAGACGGCGAGGCACAAAUGGAUUGCGGAGGUGGAGAUUGUCAAGGAGAUACCGAAGAGCCCGUCGGGCAAGAUUCUUCGACGGAAGCUUCGCCAGGCCCCUGGGAAGAGCGGGAACGUGAUUGUUCGCGAUGAUUUGCGAGCGCGGUUCUGA